CCCGGACGGACAACUUUUUUUGACGAAGCUCUUUGCGCCUAUUAACUUGCGUCGCGGACGGACAACUUUUUUUGACGAAGCUCUUUUGCCCCAAGACGGCCUCCGAUCUCUCUAAUUUUGGCAGAGCAUGCCCGCCCGCCAUGGCGGUUAACAAAAGGGACACGGAGCCUAUAAGUCACAUCCUUUUGUUGCACUCGGCAUUCUGCCUUGACUCCCUACAGAGACGUUAGACGGAAUGAUGAUGCUGAAGUUGCUGAUUCUGGCGUGUGUGCUUGUUGCUCUGAGUGACGCUAACCCCAAACUACACCUUGCUCGUUUGAAACGAACUGUUUGCACCAAAGAAGACCCGUUUGAAUGCACCCACUGGGCGGGGUUGGGGUUCUGUCUGCCAUCAUCUGAAUAUCACAACUUUGUGACGUCACGGUGUCCAGCAGCUUGUGUGAAAUGCCAAGUUCUGCCCCCGGCCCCGCCUUCAAACAUCGCAGUUGACGCAACACAAUGCUUGGCUGCCCACAAUCACAAGCGAGCGCUCCAUGGAACGGCUGGGCUUUCUUGGAAUGCACAGAUGGCCGAAGAAGCUGCCAAAUACGCGAAGAAGCUUGCUGAAGACAACAAAGACACGACGAGAGUGAGCCUUAACCACGCUUCCACGUCCGACGGAGAGAACCUGUAUUAUUCAGGGACUUCAUCGGGUCAUACCGCGAGAUGCACAGACGCUGUUUCCGCAUGGUAUAACGAAAUUAAAGACUACGAUUACAAUGAUUAUACCAACCACCCAGGAGCAAUGAUUGGGCAUUUCACACAGGUUGUAUGGAAGGGCUCUACUCAGGUGGGUGUCGGCGCCGCCAAGGUAAAGGUCAACGGUAUGACUCGCACCUUCAUCGUGGCGCGAUACCGAGCAGCCGGGAACAUAAGAGGUCAGCGGUAUUACGACGCCAACGUACUUCCUCUGGCCUAGAUGUAACAGUUGUCGUAAACUUCUAUUAUUUCUGAAAAUAAAAAGUAGAACUUACCCCGAAUAAAAUGAGCAUGUGUUAA